GGUACCUUUAGUCCUGUAUCGCAGUCGUUCACAGUCUCCUCACAUUUGCACUUUGGUUGGUCUUGCAGCUCAUUCAUCAGCGGCUGCAGAGAGGCUGAGAAGCAUACAGUUUUUGCUGAGAUGGGGCCUGCGUCAGAAUGCCGGACCCUAAGCAAAGACGAUGUCAAUUACAGAAUGCAUUUCCGUAUGAUUAACGAACAGCAAGUGGAAGAUAUCACCAUUGAUUUCUUCUACAAACCCCACACGAUCACGCUGCUCACUUUUACGACAGCCAGUCUCAUGUACUUUGCUUUUACUAGAAAUGAUUCAGUGCAAGAAGACAAUCUGUGGGUAGGCAUGAUCUUGGUGAUUUUCUUCUUUCUCAUCAUCAGUAUUCUAGCAUUUCCUAAUGGGCCGUUUACAAGACCACAUCCAGCAAUAUGGCGCAUGGUUUUUGGUCUGAGUGUUCUGUACUUCCUCUUCCUGGUGUUUGUGCUCUUUCUGAACUGGGAGCAGGUGAAGGGGGUCAUGUACUGGCUGGACCCUAACCUGCGCUAUGCCACUCGUGAAGCUGACAUCAUGGAAUAUGCUGAAAACUGCCAUGACAUCACAUGGGAGCGGAUUGUCAGCCAUUUUGACAUCUUUGCAUUCGGGCAUUUCUGGGGAUGGUCCAUGAAGGCCCUCCUGAUCCGCAGUUACGGUCUCUGCUGGACAAUCAGUAUCACAUGGGAGAUGACAGAGCUUUUCUUCAUGCACUUGUUACCUAACUUUGCGGAAUGUUGGUGGGAUCAGGUAAUUCUGGACGUUCUUCUUUGCAACGGGGGUGGGAUCUGGCUCGGAAUGACUGUGUGCCGCUUCUUGGAGAUAAGGACUUACCACUGGGCAAGCAUCAAGGAUAUUCACUCCACCACAGGAAAGAUCAAGAGAGCCGUGUUACAGUUCACUCCAGCCAGCUGGACCUAUGUGCGCUGGUUUGACCCUAAAUCGUCUUUUCAGCGGGUGGCAGGAAUCUACCUCUUCAUGAUAAUCUGGCAGCUGACAGAGUUGAAUACAUUUUUCCUGAAACAUAUCUUUGUGUUCCAAGCCUGUCACGCACUGAGCUGGUGCAGAAUUCUGUUCAUUGGCAUCAUUACAGCCCCCACCGUACGGCAGUAUUAUGCUUAUCUCACUGAUACACAGUGUAAAAGAGUUGGAACUCAGUGCUGGGUGUUUGGUGCCAUUGCAUUCUUGGAAGCCCUUAUUUGCAUUAAAUUUGGGCAAGAUCUGUUCUCCAAAACGCAGGUCCUUUACGUAAUCCUUUGGCUUGUGUGCGUGGCCUUGAUUACUUUCCUCUGUUUGUAUGUGAUGGUUUGGUACGCAGAAUACACUGGACAGAGGCCACAGACUUAUUCUGAGAGUGAAGAUAGUAGCUACCUUGAUUCGCCUCGUUACCAGUAUGAGAAUUUAAAAGAUGAACGUGACUCGGUAAUUGCUUCACACUCCACUGAGCACAGCACAUCAAGACGGAGAAAAGGAUCUUCCAAGGCCAAAUCAACCAAUGGAGUGAGUGGCAAGAAAUAAGAGGACACAAUGUGAAGAGAAUGCCGGACUGUGCCUAGAGAAGAGCUGAAGAGGGCUGAAGAGGGCUUGGGACACUGGUUUGGAAUACAGUUAGCAGGGUGCACAUGGGGAAAAAAAAGCACCAGAAGCCAAGGGCUGGAGUCUUCAAUCAAUUUCAGAUCAUUGCUCACUCUUAAACUCACCACUCGUAGGUCUGUUGCAGUGUUUUCGAUUGCCUGUGAUCAACCUAAUUAUGGGAAAUCAAUAGAAGUGUGUGUGCGUGCGUGUUUUGGUUGGUUUGUUUGUUUGUUUGUUUGUUUGUUUUUAAGCAGCAAAGCCGCUUUUAUAAAUUGGGAGAUGAUGUUUUAUGGGCAGAAUGCUUUGAUCAAGCAGCUGGUCUGACACAGUUGUGACUGGUCUGGUUUUAUUAAUUUGUUUACUCUCUCUAGAUAAAUCAUAGUAAAGCACACGCUUUUGCACUUUCUAACUUGCCUGUUACUUUAAAACAAUAGCUUUGUGUACAGACAGAUGUGUCCUGUCUUCUAUGAGCUUGAUUCACUGAGAUGAUUUUUCUGAUGUUGCUUGCAAUGCCAGUUCUUGAUCUACUGUAAGAAUGGAGCUGGCAAGGCAUCCAUUUCUUGUUCAGAUGUUUAUUAUAUUUUAACUCCACCAAGACUAUAUUAACUCCACCAAGACUGUCUAACUGCCAUUCAGUGCAAAUGAAAACUGAUAUAUCAACAAAAAAGAGGCAUCUAGGUAUAUCUACAACAUCUAUUUAUAUCCACUGUGUUGGCUCCAUAUGGUACGCAAUAAUAAAUAAAUAGUUAUUUAUUAUCUGUAUGGUUUUAUUAUAUGCAUUCCAAGUCAUACAUCUUUCACAUGCAUACCACCGUAGAACUAUAUACUUUUGAGAGAGCCAUUAAAAAUAUUGUGCACAACCUAUACCUACCCAGGUAAGGGAUUUAGUGUAAGAUAUUUAGCAAUAAUAUAUAGCUUAAAGGUAAAGACACUCGGUUGCCACAUACAAAUUGUGUGUUUACAACAAUAAGCGUUGAAUGCUUCCUGUGCUAUUUUCAGAAUGCCAUUACCUUAACGGUGCCCAUAUAAAAAUCAUGUUUACCUGUGGGGAUCUAAUUGUAGUGUGUCCUCAUUGUAAAUGUUGUCAUUUUGUUAUGUGCUCAAGUGUAAGACCUACCUCUGGAGUGUUGUCCUACAUAAAUAGUUUUGUUUUCAUGACGCACCCCAUUUUGUAAAAUAAGAAACAUACUGAAGUAUCAAGUGAAGCAAAAACAACAUCCCUUUAAAAUAAAUCCUGCUGAAAAACUGAUGAUCUAACCAGUUUUAUUUAUUUCAAGGGCAAAUCAAUUAUUAUUAUUAUUAUUUUUUUUUUUUUUUAACAGAGCGUCACUUUGGGAGCCAAAACUAUUGUUAUCAAACAAAAGCUGAUGAACAUUGUAGGGGAUGUUUUGCGGGCAUAAAUACUCCUAAUUGCCUAAAUUAGACAUGCAGUUUACCUGAGGAAUCACAUUAAAUAAGACUAAUUGUGUUUAUUGCACUACUCAUUUAGAAAUGUAUUAAAAGAAAGACAUAUUGUAGAUAGGCAAUAAUAUGAAGUUCCCCUAAAAAUUCAUAUAUCUUUCAAUUAAAAUACCUAUUUGUAUUUCUGUUUCCAAAUAUACCGUCAGGUUUAAGUUUUAACUGCUUUCUUGUAAUCUAUAUUCUGUGACUAACAUUUCUUUUGAAGGGGAUCUAAAACAAAUAUAUAGUGUAAUACAUGAUUUUGGAGACUGGGAGCACUGAGUAAUUUUGGUCGUCCACAUAAUUCAUUAAACAAAAGCUUUGAAACAGUCACCUGGAUUUUUUUUUUUUUUUAGUUAUAUGUAAGGGAGUUCAAAUUUAAAUGAUUAAUUGAAUUGAGGGAGACCCUGUUGAGGAUGGCAUGUACCAAAGGUUUAAGGCAGAACUUGGUGGGACUAUAUACUUCAAGAACCAUACAGUUUGAUAUGGGUCAGAUUGUCAGGUUGCUUUCCUCAACAGUAACUGGCACCCCCCACCCUAUCCAUGAAACCAGCUAUCCUAUAGCUGUGUACAUCUUGGUGGGCUUUAGAGCUGCAGCUGGGAUCUCAGUCCUGUUUAUAUUAAAUCACUAUUGCAGUUAAUAGAUGCAGUUUCACUGGUUCUUCGCAUGAUCUGUUAAAUCUUGAAAACGUACUGUUUCUACCAUAUAUGCAAAGGUUGUGUGGCUGUAAAUGUUUUGUGACGUCCAGUGUGUAUUUGUAACAAGAUAAAACAUAUGUCCAAAGUCCACUCAGUUUUAUCUUUUGCAUGUUACUUUGAGAAAGACUUGGGUCAGUAUGAUGUACUUUUAUGUAAGAAUUAACUCAGAAAAGUGAAAAAAUGUGUUGAUCAGAAACUGAACGUGUAAAAUAUAUAUAUAUUACGGUUAACAUUGUAUUGGGUCUGUGCCAAUGACGUAUGGUUUUGUAUUAUAAUUUCCUUUGCAGUAUUUGGAAGAGGUUAGUUGAUAGUUUAGACAGGAUCUGGCUGUUCAAAAGGUACUGUUUACAGUAAAUAAAAGAUUGUGAUAAUCAGAAAAUGUAUCCAUGCUGUAUUGACUGGGUUACACUCUUAGGCUCUUAUAAACUGUUGAUGUAAGGAUAUGGAAAACAUGUACAAGCUACCUAAUCCAUCUGUGUGCACAUAAAACUGUUGCUAGUAAUACAUUUGAUGCUGACAGUUGUGUAAAAAACAGUUUUAAAUGUUAACAUCCAAUCUGUAAAGGGUGAAUUUAUUUAGCCCAAGGAACAGUAUUUGCUGUUGUGUUUAUUUUCAAAUAGAACUGUUCCAAAACCACUCAUACGUGUAUUUGUAUGCUGUGUGUUCAAUCCAGAAAAAAAAAAAAAAACGCAUGUUGUAAUACAGGUAGCUGUAUGUAAAGUAAUGCACAUGCCAUAUAGUGAAUAACUGGCCGUAAGAUUAAGUGGAGCUUUAUGUAUACAGUAUAACUGUGACUGACUUCUCAGGAAAAUGCAAACACGUUUGUGAUAUUAGAAAACGAAUGACUUUGAAAUAAAUCUACAAAAAUAACCCUAUCCACAUUUGUUCUAUAGACCAGUUUUGUUCAUAUUUUUACAAUUGUUUUAUUUUCAUCUGUUUACUGUAGCAUUUUUUAUUUAUUUACUUGUGUAGAAGGAUCCAUUAAUGCUUGCUGUUAAAAUGUCCAGAUCAUCUAUUAAUAAUAUGUAUUAAGCUCAAAUAAAAUAGCCAAAAACGCAA